AACAAAAAGAACAGACUUGCACGUUUUUUCCAGUCAUUGUGCAAGAUGUGGUGUCUGAGAUCUUCAGAAGAUUGUGAAAAUGACAUCACUGUUGAGGAAUUAAUGAGGAGGAGGAGGAUGGAGGAAGAGGUGACCAUGAAAAAUGACAUUAUGGAGAAAAGGAAAGAGAAGAUGAAGGUGGAGGUGGAAAAGGAGAUGAUGGUGGUGGAGAAAGAGAACGUGAUGGUGGAGGAGGAAAAUGAGAUGGAGGUGGUGGAGGAAGAGAACUUGAUGGUGGAGGAGGAAAAUGAGAUGGAGGUGGUGGAGGAAGAGAACGUGAUGGUGGAGGAGGAAAAUGAGAUGGAGGUGGUGGAGGAAGAGAACGUGAUGGUGGAGGAGGAAAAUGAGAUGGAGGUGGUGGAGGAAGAAGAAAACUUGAAGGUGGAGGAGGACAAGAACGUAAAGGUGGAGGAAGAGAACGUGAAGGUGGAGGAGGAAAACAAAAAGGACGUUGAUGAAAUAAAUGAGGGUGAAAAGAAGGAAGAGGAGGUGAAGAAAAAGAGGAGGAGAAGGAGGAGGCCAAGGAUAAGUUGUACACAAGAGGACACUAUAAAGGAGGAGGUGGAGAUGAAAGUGACGGAGGAGGAGAGGAUAAAAGAGGCAGAGGAGGAAGAGAAAACGGACAAUGAGGUGAGAAAGGAAGCUGAGAAGGAGGAGGAGGAAGUGAAGAAGAAGAGGAGGAGGAGAAGAAGGCCAAGGAAAAUUGGUACACAAGAUAUAAAGGAGGAGGUGGAGAUGAAGGAGGCAGAGGGGGAAAACAAAAUGGACUCUGGUGUGACAAAGGAAGCUGAGAAGGAGGAGGAGGAAGUGAAGAAGAAGAAGAGAAGGAGGAGGAGGAAAAAGAAAAGUGACAGUGAUGAGAUAAAGGAGAGUACGAAAAUGGAGGAGCAGAUGAAGAAGAAGAAGAGGAGGAGGAGGAGAGUAAAGAAAACUGACACAAAAGACGAUCUCCAGAGCAGAGCUGAGGAACCUUUGGUGAAUGAGAAAAAAAGGGUGCUCUUUUAUUAUUUACAGAUUUGAAUUGC